ACUUUGCCGAACGAAAACAUUUUAUAGCGAACAUUUUUUUCACAAUACAAUUUAUUUGAUUUUGAUAUGAGAAAAAUUGGAUUUCCAUUAAUUUCAUUGUUUUUUUUUGGCAAACCAUCGAAAAUAGGCAAUAACAAUGUGUAUUUCAAAAAAUUUCAUUGAAAAAAUCUCGUUUGUUUAUUCCGAACCAUUUGGCACAUUGCAAACAACUUAAUGUUUGUUUUUAUCAUUGACUUUGACGUAAACGCAAAGUUGAUACAAUAAAGAAAAUUCCGCACACAUCCCAUCCACCAUCAGCCAAAUGCAUUGGCCACUUUUUUAAACCGUAUGAAACAGUUUUGUUUCAAAGCAUUGCAUAAACUUUGGCGAAAACAACUCAAGCGAUUGAACGAAAUGAGAUUACAGUAGCUGUGCAAUCUACUGCGUGAUAAUUGUAUUAGUUAAAAUGUGGUAUGCGGUAGUCAUCCGCAUAUUACGUCGCCGUAUCGUUUUGACGAUUAUCUUUCUCUUGUCACUAACAUAUUGUCUGGUCAAUCUGUGGGGCAAUAGCGGCAAUAGUUACAAAGACAUUGAGGAAAUUGAAUAUAAGCGCGAGCAACCGUUGAUUUGGCGUGAAGACACCAUAAGCAAUGGAACAAAUGGAGAACGACCGGAUGAAUGUCGGAAUUCGGUUCAAGGGAAAAUACUUCUCGUUGACGACGAGGGCUAUGUUUGCCAUCGGAAUAAUCUAUUGAGUAAUGGAUGCUGUGAUUCCAAUGAAAAUAUUCAGUACACCUGUGAUACGUGCAAUACGGAGGAGGGCUGCUGCGCUGUCUACGAAAAAUGUGUCAGUUGCUGCUUAAAUCCCAACAAACGAUCAAUUCUCGAGAAAGCAAUGGAAAUGGCGUCUGGCCGACAAACAGCUUUAUUUGCCACCGUCAGCGACCAGUUCGAAUUGUGUUUGGCCAAAUGUCGAACCGACUCACACAGUGUUCAACACGAGAACAAAUACAAAAAUCCAGAGACAAAAUUCUGCUACGCUUACAUCGAGGCGCAUGAGUCACAGCGCGACAAUUGACCAAAUAGUGUGCUUUAAACCGUAGAAUAAUUAUUUUUUAAACGAAAAUCAAUUAAACUGAAUUUAUAUUUUAUCCCUGACACCUAUUAGGUUUAAGCAAUGAAAAUCCGUAGAAAUUUCAAAAUAAAAUCCAGUCAGCACUUUUUAUUAAUUAUCAAUUGAGCAUUUGUUAAUAGCGCUCAAUAUUUUGUUUAUAAGGUAUAAAAAUGGCAUAUUGUUGCAUGGGAUUGAGCAUUAAGUACAAUAGUACAAUCAAGCGUCUUCAACGAAA